ACGUUUGUUAGGUCCUGGCAGAAAUGAUCAUAGAUCACACAACCUCUGCAUAUCUGAUAAUAUACGAAACAACUGGACGACUUAAAAGUCCAUCCAUUCCAUACAACGUAAAUACAUCCAGGGAAGGAGCGAGAGAGAAAAAGCUGCACAGGAGCGCCAUCACGUGGAUCCUUUCGUGGCCAAUCCUGGUGGGACAAGUCAAACAAGUCAAAGUUCCCAACCGCAACGUCGUUUCGACUUCGACUCCUUCAUGACUUGAAGCCCCAGCCGGCAAUUCGGCAAUUCAGCCUUGAUAUCUUCGCAUAAUCACAUGGCUGCCACUACGUUUGAUUCGGUUGGAAAUCAUGUCAUGAGUGAAGAAAAAAUCAUGCGAGAUACGAUCAAUGCCAUCCACAAAGCCUCAACAAAUGGCGAUGAACGAACCCGUGAUCCCGCCGUGCAAUCCUUAAAAGUGAUCGCUAUCGAUCAGAGUUUACUAGUGCUUCAAACGUGGCUCGAUCAGUUUGCUAGGACGAAUGGCGGUAGUUCACCCUCGGAAUAUGCUGCCGCUGAAAGGGUUUAUCUCUUACAGUCCUUGGAACAGAUUGUGGGCCAUUUGGUGGCCCAAAAAGUCGCCUUGGAUGAAGAUUUGGCCCAUCGGGCGUGCGUGGGUCGAAUCAUCGCCUUAACCACUGAAGAAAUGACGCGUCAGUCCGAGGUGAUACCGGAUGUUCAGAAGCCUUGUUCGAACGUUCUAGUCAAAUUGGGAGAGCAUUACAUGGAGAGGGUCAUGGAUGCACUCUUGAUAAAAUUUCAACCCGGAGCCAACAUACAUUUCUACGUCAUACUGUCAAUGAGCGCGCUAGCUCAAGCCAACUCCAUGGAUAUUGUGCCAUUUUUGAAGGCCAUCCUGGGAACGGUAGUGGCCAAUUCGAAAACAGUCAAGAAAGAAAAUAUAAAAUAUGCUUAUGCCAUAUUGAUGGCUCGUUCUAGUGAAGCCAUCCUAGAUUACCUAGCCAACAUCAACAAUGCACCGGAUCCAUCCGUGACAAAAGAACACUUUGAGAAAGAGAUCGAUUUGAUUCAUGAGCUUUUUUUCAACGUAUGGCUCAACACCCGAGACCUGAAAGUCAAACACAGCGUGUUGGAAGCCUUGGCUCACUCUGCCAAACUUCUCUCCUCCGACAGAAUCGCUAAGGUGGCCGCCAGUUCGUUGUCCACACUUAUUUCCGCAUACAAACGCACUCCAGAACAUUAUUACGUCACGUUAAGUAUAACUCAAUUGGUGGAUGCCUCGGUGAAAGUCGAUGGAGCGCUGUUGGAACCCGUUAUGGAGAGUCUCCUGACUGCCUUAUUCAAUCAGAUUUUUUCCCAAUCUGCGGCUGACUACGGCAAGCCGCUGACUAUGAAAAACCAUCAUGAAGUGUUGCGAUGCUACGAUAUUCUUGUGCGCACCCAUAACUCGAAGUUAGUGGCCGGAUUGGUUGUGAGAUCAGGCAGUGUGGACGAGAAUGUUCGUUUAGCUGCGUUGACCGUUUUUAAACAUAUCUUAACGAGCUCGUUGCUCGAACUCGAGGACAAGAUUGGCGACAUUUUUCAAGCUCUUCAUGGCAAGCUUAACGAUCAAAGCAAUAAGAUACGCAAGAUUAUGGCCCAACUCACAGCUCAGUUGGGACGGCUCGGAUAUUUGAAGGAACCUGAAGGAAAAGAUUUUCUGGAAUUCGUCGUUAGAAUUUGCGCCUUGCCGCCAGACGAUCCAGAGACUAAGGCGGCCUUGCAUAAAGGCGAUGUUAGCUGUGAUGAGCUCAGAGAGAUUUGUGGAAACAUCCUUCAACUCUGGUCGACCAAAGAAUCAGCCAUGGAUGUGGUUUUAUGGCCACAUUUGUUGGAUUACCUCCUUGCGCCUGAUUUUUCCAGUGCCGUACCCUCUGUGAUGAAGAGCCUGUCGCAGUUGGCCAAAAUAAAGAGCGAAGACGAUUCGCCCGAUUUCGUUGUGGAUUUCACCAACUUCAAGUACAUCACAGGGCCAUAUGUUUUGGUGGCUCGUCUCUUCGUUCUGGCUGCGGUGCCAUUUCCAUCACGACGGGGAGUGCAUAUCCUCGAGUUCCUGCAGAAAUUCGCUCCCAAUAUCAAUAGGCACAUUCCAUCCUUAUGGAAACAACGGAUCAGCUUGCUCCAACAUUAUUUGGAGAAGCACGUGUCUUCUACGUCGAGCACGUGGGACCAAAAUCAAUGGGAGGAGUGGCUCCUUACCCUCUUGGAUGACACGAUUGGGGAGAUUGGUCUUGAGGAAUGGACCUCGGCCUUAGCUUUGAGCAUCAACCAACAAUUGGCACUCUAUAAGCAUGACGACGAAGUAAAAGAGCGAUGCUUUCUAAUGAAGAGCUUUGGCCUGGUGCUCAAAAGGACCUCUGGGAAGCAAUUAAUUCUAGAACACCUCUCAACUCUGUUUCUCAGCACGAAUCAAGCCCAGCAUGAGCAACAAAUGGCUUGCGCCAGAGCCUUUGGAAGUUGUGCCUCCAGACAUCUUCCUUUGGUUCUCGACAAGCUAGAAAGUCUCCUAAAAAGUGGAUCACAGAAGCGGAGUGGCUCGUUCUUUGGAUUUUUGCGUGAUAGUAAAACUGAAGAGUGUCAAAUAAGGGCUCGAUGCACGAUUCUUCUUUGUGUCGGCCAAUCCGCUGUGAUGAGCUCGAAUCUACCAGAGCUGGCCAAAAAGGUGGAUGAAAUCACUCAGAAGUUCAUAAUGCCAGCCCUAAAAAGUGCCAAUGUGGUACUUAGAGUGAGUGCUUUGAGCGCCAUGGCUGAUAUUGCUCGAGCUCUCCAAAAAUAUCGGAACGAGAAAGAUGCUCCCGAACUGCUUCCAGCCCAUCAUGGGGAUCUGCUUCACGAAGCCAUUGAGUGUCUUAACGACUCGACGUGGUCAAUCAGUGAUAAGCUGGAAGCCCUGUCCACCAUUUUCGAGCUCAUUCAGAUCCCUCCGUUCAUUUCCCAGAUGAUCCGUUGUUCGUUGCUCAAGGCCUGCUUCACUGCGGUCUUCCCUGGGUUGGUCCAACAGUACUACUCGAAAGAGGAGAAUUACUCCGACGUGAUCAGGAGAGAAGUCCUCUUUAAGCAGGUCGUUGACAAACUUCUGUCUGUCGUUCAAGAACUGUUGCGACAAGAGCUGGAGCAAUCGACACUCGACGAAAUCUUUACCCUCCUCGAGCCCUGGCUACAGAAAGACAGCUCAUUGGCCAAAGAGAUGGCCAUAAUCGUCCUUGAAAAGAGUUUGCGCACGUUCCUAGAGUUGGUUCAAUUUAAGGUGGGCUCGCCGUCCUCGUUCGCCCCUGGGCCCUACAUUGUGGGGAGCAUCGUGCCCCGAUGUUUUGAUGCCUCCUUAGGCGUACAAAGGGUCUCGUUGGAGUGUAUUCAACUGCUCAUUAAAAUUCUGGCCACGUUUGAUGGUCAUGCAAAAGAAAAUAUCGAGAGCAUGUUGACCAAGCUGAAGGCAUUGUGCGUCCUCAGCCCCAUGGCCGAAAGGGAACCUUUAAAUGGGGAGGUCGUGUCUCGGCCCUUGUCCCAAGUCCUCUGCGAACGUAUACAACAUUCCCAUCUCUUGCCACUAAUUCAUAGCCUCGUCGAGAGCCUUACGGAUGACUCCCCCAACAGUGCGCUCGGAACAAGCAUAAUUCUCGGUCGCCUAAUUGAGUCGAGGGGCAAUGAGCUGUAUGAGCAAGCGCCUGACCUCGUACAAGAGAUCCAAUCCAAAUUGAAGCUCCAUGAGGGAUGUGCCGAGACUCGUAUUCGUAUGCUCACAUCCAUUCGCUUGCUAGCCGCUCUGAACAGUCGCUGCGUUGUGGAAAGACUUUUAAUUAACGGCCCACUCCCCAUAGAUGACAGUCUGGAUAGCAUUUGGAAAGUUUUGAGCCACGAUUCGAGUCUGGCCCAAAGCGCACUCAAGCAGCUCUUGCAACAAAUCAACUCCAAAGUGGAUAUCUAUUCAGAGCAGAAAAUUGAUCACUUGAGCUCGCGACCGGUUCGAUGCGCCCACCACUUGCCCUUGGCCUCAAUCUCUGCUCUGAACUCGUUGUUCCAAAUGAAAGAAAUGGAACUCCUUUGUGAGAGUGAAUUUCCCGUCAUCUUUGUGUCCCUCAUAUCAACCCUCUCCUGCUAUGUAGGAGUCCAAUCGGUCGAGAAGCCGAAUGCGUCUUCUUCGACUACCUCCUCUCUUCGUUCUAGUACUCACUCGAAAUCGAUGAAGACCUCCUCUAGUCCAAGUGGACUUUUGGUUAGCCAAGAACAAGCCAAGUUGGAACGCAUCGAUCCAUUCGAGAAAGCCAAAUCUGCACUCCAAGCCUUUCUAGAAUGCAAAGGCCACGAGUCGGCGGUAAUGAUCGUCCAAAACUUUUAUCAAAGGUACCACACCAAUUUUAAUCAAGGAGGAGAUAUUUUCUCCGACCUUGUCUUUGAUCUUGUCCAGAACAUCAUACAGGACUAUCCUCAACACCUGCCGAAACUCAUGCUUGAAUUUCAACCUCUUUUGACGUUGCCUUCUGUUGGGCGUCGAACCGUGGCAGUGGCUUUUUCUUGCCAACUCUUGAAGACUGAUACGGUCGUUGAUUGGACUCUUUACGAUGCAGCCGUCGAAAACUUAUUGGCCGGGCUCAAAUCUUCGUUGGAGCCCAAUCACGAAGACGAGGCAAUGAGGCAGCAUUACUUUGACUCCCAGGUUCGGAUCAAGAUCCUCUGUUUGCAAGGCAUCUCCCAUUUUAGGUUAAGCAAGCGAGAGGAGGUUGAGAGUGGCUCCAAAUUUGGCCCUCUCCUGCUUACCUCGUUCAUGGACGUUAUCGGAGACGACUUCAAGUCUGACUUGAAUCAACAUGCUCUGAAUGGACUUUCGAAGCUUCUCGAGGCCAACGCUCUCUCCGUGGAAGAGGUGCAGACGGUGUUGUCUGAAUUGGCCAACAAGGUCAGACCUUUCUUUGAUUGCGGUAACCAUGCCGAUUCAACCGCGGCCAUUCGAUGUUUUUGCCUACUUGCGUCGUAUGCGGCGGACGAAUACAAAGACAUUUACUUGGAUCAGGUUCAGAGCGUCUUAGUGAGCCUCUUGUUGCACGUAAACGACGACGUGGAACAGAUUCAGAUUGUAAGCAAAGAAGGGCUUCUAGCCAUUCUCGAGGUGUUUGCCGCACCAGAGGGAACCAGUGAAGGCCAUUUGGGAUCGCUCGAGACUCAUUUGAAGUCCUAUUCCGCAGCCACCUUCAAUUACGUACGAUUCCUCUCGGAUCUGGCCCAGCACGAGCUAUUCCAGAGCCAUUGGAUGAACCUGUUCCCCGCUUAUAUCGAGUCAACCACUCGCUAUUUCCAAAGUUCCAAUCCUAAUUUACGAGCCAGUGCUGUAUGCCUUCUAGCGACACUCUUGGGGCAUUGUCAGCCCUUGAUCCUGGUUGAAAUUAAAUCUGACUCGAUUUGCCAAGGGCUGGCCAAGAUGUUGUUGGAUAAGAGUCCCCACGUCCGAACCAUGGCUGCCACUCAUAUUGGAAAUGUGGUUGUCACCCUCAAAGGAGGACCAAAGAGGCUCCCAUUUGAGGUUCGAACUGCCGAUACGAGUCAGAUCCAACCUAUACCCGAGUAAAGAAUAGUUAGUCAACCGUUCAUCUAAUUCAUUAAAAGACCAAUACCCUUGAAGAUGUUGUCUUACUUCUUGCAAUCCUGCUGCUCUUUUCCCCUUAUUUGCGAAGUUCAACAAUGUGUCUGUGAUUUUGCCAACAAGAUGAUAACUGAUGUGCAACGACUUCUCUUAGUCUUUGAAACACCGACCUGAUGAGUAAGAGAUAAAAUUCAUAAGUGAUACUUUUUUUAUUUUCAGUGAAAUACACAAUCAAUCAGA